ACAAUGACUAUUUUGAUGUCAGUGAUUUUGUUCUUGUCUAUAACGACAGGAUUUGGCAAGGAGCAGACUGGUGUCUGUAGGCCUUUUUGUACUGGGAGUGACUGCAUAACAGUAGAUCAAGACAGAGUGGAUUUUCAAACAGCUGAGGAAGCAUGCCGGGACAGGAACGGGGAACUAAUGACAUUUUGGUCUGAGACAGAUGAGAACACCCUUGACAGUUUUAGACAAGAAUUGUAUGGAAACUUCUGGAUUGGACUGCGUUUACCAGCUUCUGCCUGCAGCAACCUUUCAGCUCCACUGAGAGGCUACAAGUGGACCUCUGGUAAUGUGCAUAGUAGCUUUAUUCCAUCCUUUGGCACAUGGAAAGACAGUGUUAAAGUCUGCUCUCCACGCUGUGUGUCACUUUCAAAUGGUCAAAAGUGGACAGAGAGGCUGUGCUCGGACAAAACGGAUGGGUUUCUGUGCAAAACGAAGCACAAAGAUGCAUGCCAGGCACGAGAAUUAUCAGAUCCUAAUGUUAUCAAAAGCUCUAAAGGCUGUAAAGGUGGUCCUUGUGAACAUAUAUGCACAGAUGUAAAAGGAGGUUAUAUAUGCUCUUGUUUCAGUGGAUAUAUCCCAGACAGGAAGAACCCCGGGGAGUGCAAACAACACUGUCCACAACAUAAAUGCCCAGCGAAAUGUCAGGGAAAACCCAGCGAAUGCUACUGUCCUGAUGGCUUUCUAUUAAGUGAUACAUUUUGUGAGGACAUUGAUGAAUGUUUGAAUGAUGGAUGUGAUCAAGAGUGUAAAAACACUUUUGGAAGUUUUGUGUGCUCCUGCAGAAAAGGAUUUGUACUAAAAAAUGAAGUCAACUGCGUCAAAGCAGAGGGCAAUGAAAGUUUUGCUGUCACAACUCCUAUCGUCAUAGCUUUUGUUAAACCAGCCACCAAAAAUCAUACACUGAAGGGUUCUUCUGUGCCUGCUGGUGGGUUUCUCUGGAUAUGGAUUUUUGUUGUUGUGGCUGUGGUAGUGUUUAUAGUUGUGAUAAGGUUUUAUGUUGUUAAGCAGCUGAAGUGCAGAGAACAAAACUCCAAUCAGCCAUCUACUGCUCCUGUAGAGAAUAUUGAGUGUUAAUUCCAUUCCAAACAAUGAUGAUCACAAUUCCACUGGUCCCUUUGGCAUUUCAAGUUUGGGAGACUCCAUUACAUUUAUCACAUGGCUGCGGUCUGUAACUUCUCCGAAUAAACUUUUUUGAGUAACAGGUUUUUUUUAUCGAGGUAAUGCAUUAUAAAAUAAUAAUAAUAAUAUUAAUUAAUAUUAAUUAAUUUUAAAUAAAGGGGGACUGUUUCAGAAGUGGAAGAACUGGGAUACUUAGUUCCUCAUAUGCAUUAUUAAAAGCAAGUAAUUUUAAAUUUUAACUUAAAUAAAAUAGCCUAUACGUAUAUAAAACUACAUAUUAUGCAAUUGCAGCAUGUAGGACAUAUUUUCAUGUUGUAUGUGUCCCAGUAGGAGCUGAGAGGUCAUUUUAUAUGUGGUAGUCAGAAAAUCCCAAUUCUCAUUUUAUGAGUUAAGCAUAUGUUUCAUAAGUAAAAUGCUAAUCUGAAAAUGGAAUUACAGUGUGCUAGCUCCUUAAAGUGUCAACGUGAAUAUACUGUGUUCUUUCCAACAAUGAAUUUUCCUUUAAACAUUAUUAUCUGUGCAUAUAGCCUACAUUUAACUAUUUGUAAAAUAUGAGUUUUGAAGUACAUGAGUGAAAUGGUCUUUAAUAUGGGACUCUAGAGGGCGAUUUCAUGUAAUUUUCUAAUCUUUUGUGUAUCAUGACAUGAAAUUAAAAUUUGAAGUCAUUCAUAACAA